GAACAUUGUUGAAGUGUACGGUUUAGCCACUUUCCUCUGAGAUGGAAGCCAAAGAUCCAAGGAGUUGUUCCUGCCAUCAAUGUACACAACCUCACUCUGGGGAGGUGCAAACAAUGUAUUACUUUAGAGGAAACUGUGGGGUCAUUUUUAAUGUUAAUGAGUUUGCGGGAGUUCCUCCUUGAAUUAGUGGACUGCACUUUCUACUACUUCCACAUAAUUGCUGCGCCAUUUUCUAAACUAUGGAUUGAAUUCAAGUCCAUCACGGUCCCUGAUCAAAAGGAAUACUUUCCAAUUGUUAAAUAAUAUCAAAAAAAUUGUAUUAAGUUGCAUGAAUACUUUGUUUAAGUUUCCCACUUUGAAAAACACAUCCACUUGGGUAAGGGUCUUCAAACAACACAAGUUCCAUCUUGAUUCAAAUUCCACUCUGUGCGGUGCUGUCGCUCACUCGAGUUAGCUUCACCACAGAUGCAUAACUGAAAGCCUAAAUCUCAGCAGAAAAGGAAAUUGCUGUCAACAGGAAGGAGUUGUCAAAGAGAUUUGCGAUCCCAUUACGCCAGUUUAGAGUCAGAUUUCACCUUGCCAUGAUUGUGAGACUAGCGGAAGUGCUUUCGGGUGAGUUGGAACAUCCAAAUGAGAGCAAUCAUGCCCUGCCACCCCUGCUUCAAGUAUGCCUUGCAUUGCGAUAUUUGUCAUCGGGUACUUUCAGCAUAGUUUUGGAGACACUUGCCCCAUGGUCAGCCCCCUAACGGCAAGGCAAGCAAUCGACCGCACCGUCAAGGCAAUCAAUCGAGUUCUUGGCCAUCGAAUUCAGUUUCCAGAUCCAAAAAGAUCAACUCACCUUGAUGGCCAUAAAGCAAGGGUUUUUCAGAGUGGCCGGUCGUAUAUUGAGCAGACUUUUGGAAUUGCAAAGAGGAGGUUUGCCCUGAUGAAGACAGAUACUAGGGUUUGUUCCAUGCGAAAGGCAGCUAGUGAAAUUCUGGUAUGCUGUGUUCUCUACAAUUAUGGAAUUGAUGAAGGUGACUUGAUGCCUGAGGAGGAUGCCAAUGCCAUGGACAACCAAGAUAGCAACCUCCAGCUGGAUAAAAGAGGGCAAGGAACAGACACAGCUCUUGGACAAGCCGUGUGGGACCGCAUGGCGGUGUCCAUCCACCGACAAAGACACCACAGGCAACUGCAUAUAGAUGCAUAAUGGAAAUGGUACUGCAAUUUGAUGUUUUAACCCUAACAGUCCCAAAUCCUCCAAUUACAAUGUGUGUGUAUAUGUAAAUAUACCCUAUGGGGUUAAGGUUAAGGCAAUGCUAUUUAAUUCAUGGUCCAAAUAACCCUUUAAGAGUAUUCAUAAACGCCUCCGACAAUUCUCCUGAGCCGGUCUUAAAUGCACAUUUAAGACCGGCCAAGCACAUAUUUAUUCCCUUACAUAUAUAAACUUUCAAGAAUAUCAGAAAUAACAGGUUGACAUCAAUGUAACGUCAUUUAAAAUUCAACUCAAGUGAUAAUAACACAAGCAAGAGGAACAAGAGGACAAGGGAGAGGAAGAGGAGGAGAAAGAGGAAGGGAGGAGAAAGAGGAAGAAGAGGAGAAAGAG